CGUGUGGGCGAGUCAUGAUUGCAGGCUGUCCCGGGCCACAGCACUUAACAGUUUAGAGUGCCUCCCGCCCCUGAUCUCAUUGGAGCCUUUGCAACAGCCCUGCCCAUGGCCACCGAUGCCCCCAUUUCCCACAUGAAGAAACCGAGGCUCGGAGCAGCGACGAGCCCCUCGGAAGGCCGCCCCGGCGGCGGGUGGCAGCGGGACUAGACGCGGACCCCUUGCGGCCGAGCCGGCUCCCAGGCUCCUCCCCGGCCCUCCCUCCUCCGCGCCGCCCCCCUGGCUGAGCCCGCCGCCGCCGCGCGCCUGGCCUCCACUGCAGAGCCCGGCUCCCGCCCCUCCGCCGCCGCGCGGGGCUCCCGGACGCGGGCUCCCGGUGGGCACGGCCCCCGGCACGCCCGCCAAGCACCAUGGACUGGAAGACGCUGCAGGCCCUCCUGAGCGGCGUGAACAAGUACUCCACGGCAUUUGGGCGCAUCUGGCUGUCGGUGGUGUUCGUCUUCCGCGUGCUGGUGUACGUCGUGGCCGCGGAGCGCGUGUGGGGGGACGAGCAGAAGGACUUCGACUGCAACACCAGGCAGCCCGGCUGCACCAACGUCUGCUACGACAACUUCUUCCCCAUUUCCAACAUCCGCCUCUGGGCCCUGCAGCUCAUCUUCGUUACGUGCCCCUCGCUGCUGGUCAUCCUGCACGUGGCCUACCGGGAGGAGCGCGAGCGCCGGCACCGCCAGAAGCACGGGGACCAGUGCGCCAAGCUGUACGCCAACGCGGGCAAGAAGCACGGCGGCCUGUGGUGGACCUACUUGUUCAGCCUCAUCUUCAAGCUCCUCAUCGAAUUCCUCUUCCUCUACGUGCUGCACACGCUCUGGCAUGGCUUUAGCAUGCCACGCCUGGUGCAGUGUGACAACAUGGCGCCCUGCCCCAACAUCGUGGACUGCUACAUCGCGCGGCCCACCGAGAAGAAGGUCUUCACCUACUUCAUGGUGGGUGCCUCUGCCGUCUGCAUCGUGCUCACCAUCUGCGAGAUCUGCUACCUCAUCUUCCACAGGGUCCUGCGAGGCAUAGCCAGGAACAAGCCCCCGAAGGGCCACAGCCUCCCAUCCUCCACCAGCCGGGCCUCCACCUGCCGCUGCCACCACAAGCUGGUGGAGGCUGGGGAGCUGGGCUCCGACUCUGGCGACGACAAGAGACACGCGUCUGCACCCAGCAUGACCCCCAUCUGACCACAGGCUGGGGAGCGACGCUGGAGCUGCCAGUGGGGACAGAUGGGCAGUACUGCACGGGGGGAGGGGUCCUACAGGUGCUGGGUGCCCCCACUUUGAAUUCGCUACUCUAUCCCGUUUCAUUUUUGGCAGAUUUUUUGAGCACUGGGCACUGUGCUGUCUACCCAGGUAUAAGUCACACCCCAGAACUAGUGCCAGCCCUUGGGGGAGACAGACGUCGAAACAAACAAAUCAACGACUGAGUGCGAGGGGACCCCCAGGAGGCUCCCAGCAGAGCUUCCGCCUAACCCAGGAGGGAGUGAUCAGGAGAGACUACCCUGAGUACAAAAUGUUUGAGAGAGGUGAGAAGGGCUUCCUAGACGAGAAAGCGGCAGGUGUUUGCAGGGGAGAUGUUUGCCCUGGUUUGGAAGCACCGGAUCAAAGGGAGUUUCAUUCCCUUGGGAGAAGCACCCAGGUUCUGGGCUGGAAAGGAAGUAGUCUCUAAGCAGUGGGAGGUCCAAAGGCCUGAGGGUGAGCUUGUGAAGGGGAGGAGAUGGCUCUGUGACGCCACCUGCUGCUCGAGAUACUCGGGUGUCCUCCUGGUCCCCACUGUCCUCAGGGGAAGCCCCCUUUCUCCCAGUUCUGCUCCUCCCAGGCUCAGACAGCUUUUCUGCCGUCUUCUUGCCACAAACGUGCUCAACCUAGUGCCAGCCUCUCAGACUCUGCUGCCAGAGACUCAAGGUAGAUGUUCCUUGAAAUCAAUAAAGGCUGUGUUUGGGGCGCCUGGGUGGCGCAGUCGGUUAAGCGUCCGACUUCAGCCAGGUCACGAUCUCGCGGUCCGUGAGUUCGAGCCCCGCGUCAGGCUCUGGGCUGAUGGCUCGGAGC